AUGAUUGAAAAAUUGGGGGAUUUAGUUUGCAAGAAUAAUCAUAGUGGUAAUUCUAUAGUGAUGGUUUUACUUGAUAAAGAUCUAAAAGGAAGCUAAAGAUUAUUAUGUUAAAAAUGUUUAGUUGAUAAUCGUGGAGAAAUAAAUGGUCUAUUAAUUAAUUCAGCUAUAGAAAAAAUUUAAGAGGUCAAGAAUACAAGCUAAAAUGAAUUGAAAAAUUAUAUUGAAAACAAUAAUCAAUAUUUAAAUGAGAUCCUUGCAUUACUUUAAUAUAUGAAAACAAAUAUAUUAAUGUCUAUAGAUUAAGUUAGUGCUUUUAUCAAUAAUUGGAAAAACGAAUUAAUAAGUCUAAUUUAAUAAUCUUCUAAUUAUAAUUUUUUAGAUGAGUUAAAGAAUCUACAUUUACCAUUUGAAAAAUUAAUAGAAUUGGAAAAAAAUUACAUUGAGGAUAUAGUUAGAUAAACUAAAGAAACUUAUUCUACAAAAUUAUCAAAUGGAAUAUCAAUAUUAUAAAAUACUCUUUUUCAAGAGAAUUAGUUAACAUAAAUUUAAGAAAUAUUGAGCAUUAAUUUUGGUAUAUCAACUGAUUAGAGAAAUGAUAAACUAUAAUCAUUCAAAGUUUUGAAAAGUUAAAUUUUAGAUAAAAAUGAAGACCUUGUUCUUUAUUAAAAAGUUGAAUAGUAAUCAAUUUUUAAAUCAAGUAUUUAAGAAAAUUAUACCGAAAAAAUAAAAGUUAAUUCUCAAAUAAAAAAAAACAAAUCUAUAUCAUAUAGAAUUAUUUAAGAAAUGAAAUCAUCAAGACUUUGUAAAACUAUGGCUUUUAAUUAUAAUGAUACUAUUAUUGCUUUAGGUCUUGGUAAUUAGGUGAGAUUAUUAAAAUUGGAAGAUGGAAAGUUAAUAGAUGAAAAAGAGAAUUUGAACGGACACGAUAAUGAUGUCAAAUCAAUAGUUUUUAGCAAAAAAGCCAAUUGGUUUAUAUCAGCCACUUGUCGAGGUUCUAGUAGAAUUUGGAGAACUAAAGAAAAGAAAGGAUGGUUUAAUUCUUCAAAAUGGGAAUGUUCUAAAUCAUUCAAAUUUCAUUCUAAAGAAAUCAAUACUUAAAUUUUGAAUAAAAAAGAAGAUUAAUUAAUAUCAUUUGGAAAGGAUAUCAAUAUAGACAUUUUAGGAGUAAAUUAUGAUCAAAAUACAAUAAUACUUUUAUAUUAAUUAAAAAAGCAUUAAAAAAAUCUUAUUUAAAUUGAUGUAAAUCCAAAUGAAACUUAAAUGGCAUCAUUAGGCGAAGAUAAAUUAAUUAUUUUAUGGGAAAAAGAUGAAAAUAAUAAAUGGUAAUUUAAAUAUUUUAUAGAUACAAUUGUUUAUGAUUUUGGAAGUGGAAUUAGUUUCAUUUUUGAUGAAACUUUAGUCUGGAGUUAGGUACAUUAGCCAUUUAUAAAUAUAUGCAAGAUGGAAAAUGGAAAAUUUUAAGAAAAAAUUGAUUAAAGAUUGUAAUUGAAAGAUAUGAUAAAAGAAUAGGAAAGUUUGGAGUUCGCAACAUUUAAAGCAAGUUUCAAUGAAGAUAAGUAAAUGUUAUUAUUAAAACAUAAUCGAUAUUUAUACCUGAUAAAGAUUAAUGAGUAAUUUGAAAUGGAAAUUGAAACCGAACCUAUUACUUGUGGAACAAUAUUUUUUUAUGGAACUGUGACUAAUAAUGGGAAAUAUAUUUUUAUUAUGAGUGAGAAAACAAUGGAAUUUAUUCUUUAUGAACUCCUGUAUGAUGAAAAUAAAUGA